AUGUCCUGGGCCUCCCUCCUCCUGGGACUUGCCUCCCUCACCACCGCCGCCUCCCUCCAGCAAGUAACAACCGAGUUUGGUCCCAACCCAACCAACGUCGGCUUCUACAUCUACGUCCCCGACACCCUCGUCUCCAAGCCCGCCAUCCUCGUCAACCCGCACUGGUGCCAUGGCACCGCGCAAGCCGCCUACGCGGGCUCUCUGUACGCCGCCACCUGGGCCAACACACACGCAUGGGAAGGCUUGACGCACGAUGGGGGCGGUGAUUCCCUGGGUAUCGUUAGCAUGGUCCGCUGGACUAUCAAGAAGUAUAACGCUGAUGCGUCCCGGGUUUUUGUCACGGGCGUGUCGAGCGGCGGGAUGAUGACGAAUCUGUUGGUGGGGGCGUAUCCGGAUGUGUUUGCUGCUGGAAGCGCCUUUGCUGGUGUGCCGUUUGAGUGCUAUGCUUAUCCGGGGAAUAACUCGGGGAAGGCCAUUGUCGAGGCGGCGUAUCCGGGUUACAACGGGUGGAGGCCCAAGUUCCAGACGUUCUAUGGGCCGGUAGACGAGACGGUGGAUUAUGUCAACUUUGGGGAGCAGAUGAAGCAGUGGACUUCUGUGUUGGGGCUGAGUGAGAUGCCGACGAAAGCCACGGCCAAUACUCCCGUCAAUGGGUGGACAAAGUACGACUAUAGGACGGAGAGGAGGUUUGAGGCUUUCAGUGCGGCUGGUCACCAGCACGGUCGGAGUGACGAGCUCGGUGAAAACCAUUCUUACUACCACCAAGAUCACGUCAACCACAAAGGCGGCCGUGACGACGACGGCUGCGGCAGGUGGGCAGACUUUGUGGGGGCAGUGUGGCGGUAA